AUGGAAGGAACGAAGUAUUUCAUGCGUGAACUAGAUUUGGAUGUAUUUAAAAUCAAUAUUUGUCAGGAGUUAGAAAGUGACGUUGGUGGUGUGGUAUGGGAUAGUGCACUCGUGGCUUCUUACUAUAUUGCACGGAGAAGUCACGCGUGGAAAGAAAAAAAGAUACUGGAACUUGGUGCAGGUACAGGUGUUUGCAGCAUUGUAGCGGCUUCAUUCGGUGCUAAAGUUGUAGCUACCGACACGGCAAAUAGGCUGGAUUUGAUUCAGAAAAAUGUUUCUCUUAAUGAAGAAGUUAUUAGCCUUAAUAACGGAAAAGUAAAUGUACAAGAGUUGAACUGGAGCAAGACGCUCAGCGGGAGUUAUGUUUUUGACGAAAUUUUUCUAAUUGACGCGUUUUAUUACGUAAAGGGCGUUGAAGAUCUGGCUAGAACCCUUAAGGGUAUUAAGUUUUCUCGAAUUCUAUGUGCCUAUGAAAUACGUGACAUUGGUGAACCUAAGACUGCUCAGCGAAUUUUUUUCGACCUCAUCCAAAAUGAGUAUAUUGUUGAAGAAAUUAAGAAAGAUGAAUUGGAUCCAGUUUAUUGCCAUCCAGAUAUUAAAAUUUUCUAUCUUAUUAGGAAGUCCUAA